AGCUCUUCUCCUUCUGUAUGACGUCACAAACAAAUCAUCCUUUGACAACAUCAGGGCCUGGCUGACGGAGAUCCACGAGUACGCUCAGCAGGAUGUGGUCGUCAUGCUGCUAGGCAACAAGGCCGACUCCACACAUGACAGGGCGGUGAAGCGAGAGGAGGGGGAGAAACUGGCCAAGGAGUUUGGAGUGCCCUUCAUGGAGACGAGCGCUAAAUCUGGACUGAAUGUGGAGCUGGCCUUCACUGCUGUGGCCAAAGAACUGAAGCACAGGACCAUGAAGGAGCCUGAUCAGCCAAAGUUUCAGCUGCAGGAGUAUGUCGACAAAGAGAUGAGGACUGUGGGCUGCUGCCGCUUGUAGACAACAUCCUGUUUGUGUGUGUGCGCGCGUGUGUGUGUGUGUGUGUGUGUGAGAGAGAGAGAGAGAGGGGUAUAUAACAGGUAUAUUCUGUAAUAAAUCUGAGGUAAUGUUUCGUGAUGAUAUGGCAAACAUGCUCCCUCUACCAACCCACCGUUCCUCUGCAACUGUGAAUGUAAUAUAACUCCUGUGUACAUGCCUGCACGUAUGCAUGUUUACACACACACACACGCAAACACACUUUCUGUAGUUGUGGGGACACUCAUAGACUUCUUAUUCCCCUAACAGAACCUUACAGCCACAGCCGGAAGAAAUGUUGAUUGUUGACCAAAUGUUAUUAAAGCACUCACAUGUCUGGGUCCCAUGUCUCAGAUGAGCAUGGGUGGACAGAUUGCACUAUUUUCAUAUGCGACAGAUGACCAGAGAAUAUCUCUUUAUCUCUGCAACUCUGUGCCGAUGCUGACAUGUGUUUUAUGUGUUUUGCAUUCUUUUUAUUUGACUCUGUUUCAGACUCUUUCAGUGUGGCAGAGAAGGGACCUGUAUUCAGAGUAGGUGUAAUAGGAGUGUCCACUCUCUCUGUGAACUUCCCCAGUGAUUGGUCAGAGACUGGGAGUGACGUCACCCCCGAGUUCUCUGCGUUCCAGUCUGAAAAACCGUAGACGCAAACAUAUCUCAGGCUUGCCUUUAUUAGCAAUACCACUCAAAAACAAUCCUCUACAUGGUAUUUCACUCAUAUAAGCAGUGUAACAGCAUGUCUAGGGUUAAAAAUUAAACAGUGUAUGUGUACGACGGGUUUACUGUGACACAAAUAUGAUAUACAGUAUAUAUAUAUAUAUAUAUAUAUAUAUAUAUAUAUAUAUAUAUAUAUAUAUAUACAUAAUUGCAACUAAUGGUAAAAUAUAUGGAAAGCAAAUAGGGUCACUAUUCGUCUACCGUGCACUUAAUUGUGACCUUGUUGGCUUUCCAUAGCAGUGAGGUUGCUCUAAGUUUCUGAAUUGGACACCUGAGUUCUGGAUCAACCCAUGACCUUGGAAAUUUCGAGUUCAGUUAGAGGAGGUGCAGAAGUAGAAGUGUCAGUCUCUCAGUAUUGAUCCCCCUUAUUGCUCAAUAACUUCCAAAACAAAAUCACUUUGUCCUCACAGUGACGAAGAUUUUGUGCCAAAAACGUGUCCCCACAACCACAGAAAGACGCACAAAAACACCGACACCAGUUGAACGCAUCCGUUGCAGCUUUGCAUACAUGUGAUGUACAUAUUUUAAAUACCAUUUUACCUGUGCGUUCUGAAAUCUUUGUAGUUUGUAAAACAUCUGUCUCGUUUGAAACUGAAGUAAGUCGACAAAUCAAUCGGAAGUGAAUCUCAUGAAUGCAUUUGUACGGACGCCGUUCUGCAGCAGAUGUGACGCCAUCGGACGACACUGUGCGCUGUUUACGUUCAGGAUGAAAAACUGUUUUAAAACUCAUAGGCGUACUGCUAGUACUACUGACCUUGACUAUCUUCAUGCUAAUGUGAUGGGAAAUAUCGAUGGAUAUUUGUUGACUUUGAAGCCAUUAUUGGGGCAUUUUACACAAAUAAAUCACUUAGUAAUUAUUACACUGUAUUAAAUCAGUAAAUGCAUGUACUGUAUGUGUCAAAUGACCACUAUUGUACUUUGCAUUUUACUCAUUUUGGACAGUUACUGUCUUAAAACUACAUGAUUCUUGUACAAAACUUUCCAUCCCAUCUUCUCAUCAACACGGUUAAUUUAUGUAACAUUAAAUGAACCUCAUAUGCAAAUUCUCAUGCAGCAGUCUGUGGUUUAAAGAGUACAUUUUCCUCGUGAAUUUUGCUGUUGCAGUGUGUCAUGUAAAUAAAUAUUGGAUAAAUAACAAAAAGUGCCACCAAACAUUUGUGACGUCACUUUCAUAGGUUUUUGUUUUCCUGUAAAUAUGAAUGUUAUUGUAAAAGUUGACACUUCUUGUACUUUUGAAACCCAAACUCACAACAUAAAGUAAACACUUUUUUUUUUUUAUUUAUUUAUUUAUUUAUUUUUAGAAGUUUUGGUUUGGAAAUAUUCACUUGUUUUUUCUUCCUGGGGUUUUGUAGUUCCUGUCACUCCAUAGUUAUGCUGUCAUUGGAAUAAUGUUGCACUGUGGUCCCGAGAGGAGAAAGAGGGGAAACAUGAAUGGAAACUUGGUAGUGGCUUUAAAGAUGCAAGAAAUGCAAUAAAAAAUAAAGUAUGGUUUCCUUUAAGUCAAUAACAGGUAUUUUUCCACAGACCAGAGAAAGAAUCACUAUUUUUUUGUCAGAUGUUCUAUCAAAGCUUGUUCUGCCAAUGUUAAAAUAAAUAACAAUAAUAAUAAAAACAAUCUGGAAAAACUGUGAAUACAGAUUCAAAAUGCUUAUAUUCAAGAUGUCAUUUGUUUAUUGUUAACUUGUAAUCGUUAAACACUGUAUCUUAAUUGAAACGAUUUGUAUUGUAUCAAGCUCUAGUAUUCUCAAUAAAGAUUCAACAAUGA